AUGUCACAAUCCUAUUUUUCUGGUCUUAUGAGUUGGUAUAUAUAUAUAAUUGAAUAACUUAGGAUGAAAAAGCAUAAUGGUAAUAACCAAUUAGUUAUUGGUCAGAGAUCCAUCAGUCUAUUUAUCAUAAAGAUGUAUUUGCAUGAUCGACUAGUACAGAAAUCCUAAUACAAAUUGAAUUCAAACUAAUCAAUUCAAUUCAAGGAUUCAAUCGAAUAAAUAUGUUAAAUCUCAGAAUACAAUUAAAAAAAUAAUUUCGAAGAAGUACAAUAUCAGUUUUAUUUCUUAGAAACUAUUAUCUUAACUUACUCUUGUAGAUUAAGAUGAAAUAUUUGAUACUAUUUGUAUUAGAGGAGAUAUGAUUGAAAUAAUCACUUUGUUGAGAGAUUGUUCUAAUGGGAAGGCAUUUACAGAGUAAUUGAAGAUUAUUGAAAAUAAUAAAUAGUUAAAGGUUCAAGAUGCUAGUUGGUUUGAUUCUACUCAACCUUAAAGUUGUAUUAAUUGGAUAAUAAAUGAAUUUGAAAAGUAAGUAACUUUGCUCUAUUAUAAACACAUUAAUUUCAUUAAUCAUGAAUGUAUUUAAUAAUAUUGGAUAAACAAUGGAAAUAAUAUAAGGAAGAAAGUAAUUGAUUGUAUAUCAAGUGUCAUUAAAAUAGAUCAAAAUAUUUUUCUUUAAUAAUAUUCUAAUUUCAUUAAGGAUCAUUCAAUAAAUCUUUAAAACAUUCUUAAUAAGUUUAAUGAUAAUUAAAUUGAAUCCAUAUUCUAUUUACCAUUACAUAAUGCUUUAACUCUUUAAAGUGUUUGUGAAAAAUUGGUGCUCUAAAUAAUUAGAGAAUCAUAUAAAUAAUCAAUAUUAUAGGAAUUAGAAUGUUUAACAAAGAAUGAUUAAAAUUUGCAACCACAAUAAGUAUCUUAAUAGAAAUUAAAAAAAAAGAAGAAAUAAAAUAAAUAAAAGAAAUUAGUAUAAUAAGCAACAUAGAAUUAAUUGCCUAUUGUUAUUUAGAAAGAGUAAGAAAAUUUAGAUGUUAUUACUGAUGAUAAUUAAGACACUGAAGAUUGGAUUAUAGUUACUAAAAAUAAAAAAUAGAAAUGUCCUAAUAAUAUUAAUCCAAGUUGUUCAAAUAAAGAAAAAUAAUAGAGUAUAGAAUAAUAAGAACAAUAAUCUUAGAUAUAAGAUAAUAAGAUUUCAAUGGAAAUUGAGGAAACAAAUAAGAGUAAUAUUCAAUAAUAAUUAUAAUAAUAAGAUAAAAUAUAAUAAUAAGAGUAAUAAUUAACAUAAUUAGAUUAAUAAAUAUAAUAAAAAUAAUCAGAUUUAUAAUAAUAAUAAUAAUAUGAUUAGAAUUUAAGUACACCUGAAAAGAAAAAGUUAAUUAGAAAGAAUUUAGUGUUACCUAAGAAAGUUGAAUAAAAUGAAGAACUUAUUGAUGAAAAUCUUAUGAAUCAAUCCUUUUAAUAAAUGAUAAAAAAAUUAGAUCUUGAUAUUAAAGAAUUUAUAGAUUAAAUAAGAAGAGAAAAUGAUUAACAAUUUCCAAUUAGAUAGUUAAUUUUUAACAGAAUUCAAUUCACAAUUUAAUUAUUAUUUAAAGAUGCUGGUGUAUUUCUAUUUGGAUCAUGUGCAACAAGAUUGGCACUCCCUGAUAGUGAUAUUGAUAUUGGAAUCACUGGUCUGGAAACUCAUUUAUUAAAUUAAAAAAUGGAUAUUAUAAUUGAAUUCUUAUGUAAAAUGAAUUGGAUUAAACGUAUAAAGUAUAUUCAUUUAUUUAUGUUAGACCUAUCUAUCCUACUUAAAAUACUUUACCUCUUAUAAAAUUAUGGGUUGAUCCUAGUAUUCCAUUUAGAAAUGGAAAUAUGAAUUUACCUAAUAUAGAUCUUGUUUGCCAAUCAUAAUUAAUUUAAGUAGAUAUCAGUUUCUUUGGACACAUAUAGCAUUAAGGAUUGAUAUCAACAGAACUCACUUGCUAUUGGCUCUAAGAAUAUUAAGAGUUAAAAACUAUCACUCUUUUAUUUAAAAGUUUACUUAAAAAGAGAGGAUUAAAUGAUUAAUCUAAAGGUGGAAUUUCAUCGUUCUGUUUAGUACUAAUAGUUGUGGCCUUUCUGGAGUACUAUUAUUAAUAAAACGCUGGAUUUCAUUCAAUUGGAUUGGCAACAUAUAAAUUUCUAGAAUUUUAUGGAACAAAAUUCAAUCCUCAUUCUAUGGGAAUUUUUUAUAAAGGAUUUGAUUAGAAGUAUUAAUUUUAUUAAUCAUUAAUAGUCCAUUUUUUUAUUUAGAAAAAGAGGACUUCUAGUUAACAAUAAUUAGUCCUAUUACUUAUGAUAUCAUUAGUCAAAGUAGUUCAUUUGUAUAGACUAUACUUUAAGAUAUCAAUGGAUUAUUCAAUGCAUGUGAAAAUGAAACUAAAUUCUUCUAUGAGAAAGCUAAAUUUAAUAAGAAAAAGAGAGGAAAGAAAGAGGAACGAAAUUUAUUUUAUAAAGAAUUUGCAAAACUUACACCACUAUUUAGUACUUGAU